AUGUCUGCUACUAACCACACAGGAUCAUCAGUCACAGAAUUCAUAAUCGUCGGUUUUCCUGGACUACAAGACCAGGGGAGCAAAACCAUCCUCUUUUUUGUAUUCCUGGUAGCUUACAUCAUCAUUGUACUGGGAAACCUGUUGAUCAUACUCAUAUUUGUCUUUGAUGAAUCUCUUCACACUCCCAUGUAUUUAUUGAUCUGCAGUCUAGCAAUUUUUGAUAUUUCUUUCCCCUCCAUCACUGUUCCUAAAAUGUUAGCUAUAUUCAUGUUUGAUUCAAACUUAAUUUCAUUUGAUUCCUGUUUUAUCCAGAUGUUCCUUUUCAUGAGUUUGGGUAUAGCUGAAGGAUUUCUUCUCACAGUUAUGGCUUACGACAGAUACCUAGCAAUCUGUAAGCCACUGCACUACCACAGUAAAAUUACAAACAGCCUGGCCAUUAGACAUGUUGUGUGGUGCUGCAUUGGUGGAUUUCUUUCGUUGAUUAUUCCUACGAUACUUGCUGUGAGGCUCCCCUUCUGUGGACCUGACAAAAUUCUCCACUGCUGGUGUGAUCAUUCCUCAGUUCUCAGAUUAGCAUGUGCGAAUGUUGUCAUCAACAGCAUUCUGGGAUUGACCAUAGCGUUGUGUGUGCUUCUCAUCCCUCUGUUCCUGAUCCUGCUCUCCUAUGUGAUGAUCAUUAAGUCUGUGCUGCAGAUCUCCACCUCUGAGGGGAAGAGCAAAGCUUUCUCCACCUGCACAUCACACCUGCUGGUCAUCUCUGUCUUUUUUCUCACAGCAACCUGUGUCUACAUCUCCUACAGGGUACCUGGAGCUUCAGCAGAUUUGCGCAUCAUGGCAGCAGUAUUUCAGAAUGUCUUCCCUCCCCUCAUGAACCCCAUCAUCUAUUGUUUGCAGACCAAAGAGAUCAGGAACAGUUUAAUUAAAACCCUGAAAAAGAGAAGGGUCUUCCCCCUCUCAAGGUGA